AGCCAACAGAGUAUUUAUGCACUUUAAUUAUUACUUUUAUGCAUUUUAAUUAUAGUUAUGCUAUAAUGUUUUAUGUUUACAAUAUUGAGCUUUUAUUUUGGCAACCUCAGAAACCGGAUAUGUAGUGACGUAAUUCAGUUUGGAAGAACGGCGGAAAAGAGACCAAAGAAAGUCUAAAAGGUUCACGGUUAAAACGUAAAAGGCACGGAUAAAAUACAAGGUUUUAGCUUCGGUCAAUUGGGGAACAAGCUCUUACGUUGGUUGAUGACACGGAGAGCAAUAAAAAUCAUUUAACCAUCAGUUCUGGCCUUCUCAAUAUUGACCCGAUGCUACAGUAAGAGCUUGACCACCGCUACAGCCUGCAUGACGUAGUUACAAGAUUCAACGGCAAUACCCGCGACGUCCAGCAGGUGGCAGAAGUUGGUCAGAAAAUACAACAGUUCAACUAAAAGCACUCAAAAUGGAAGGAUCACAGGCUGCUUCAGUAAGUCAAAUGGAUGUAAAUGAACAGAUCACAAGUUUACAACAAGAAAUUCAAGAUUUAAAGAACUCACUUGAAGCUGAAAGUGAGGAUAGACAAAACAUUAAAGAUUCAAUCACAUGCAAGGAACAAAUUUUAACAGAGCUUCAAAACAAAGCUCAAAGCAUAUCAGAAUUACCAAGACGUUCUGAAAGAGUUAAAGUACAAACGGAAAAGAUGAUUACAUAUCAAAGGGAAGAAAUGAGUAAAAGGGAAAAAAGACUAACAACUCUUUAUGAACAAUGGAAAACACAGGUACGUGAAACAAGAGAAAUGUUAAAAUCAGAUAUCACAGACAAGGAGAUGUCAGAACUUGCAGAUAUAACAGAGCAAAGGAGAGAUGAUUUAUUAAGGUUAUAUUCAGAAAUAAGGAACCAAAUGGCACCAUCAUCUGACAUAAGGAGGAAGAUUGAUGCAUGUGAUGCAAUAACUCAUGACAUUGUAAGGAUAAUUCUAGAAAGAUUAAGUGGUCUUGAUGAGGAAUUUGAUGCAGAGCGCGAAAGAACUCGUUUACGUGGACUUUUAAAGCACGAUUACGCCCAAUCCAUAUACGGCUCAACCGCAGCAUCAAAUCGCAGCCAACGGUCCUCAGCUUCACAGCUCACAGCACAACGAGCCGCUGCAGCAGCUGAGCUAGCUGCAAAGGAGGCUGAAUAUGAGACUGUACUAGAGGAAUUAAGACAACAGGAAAGGAUAAAAGCUCUAGAAGAGGAGCACAAGAAACAAAUGGCAGCUCAAACAUCUGAGUUAGAACGCUUAAAGGCACAGAAGGACGUGAAGGCAGCUCGAGCUAGGUUUGAAGCAUAUGACAGAGAGUUAUCACAGGUGAAUGAUGUACAGUCAAUAAAAAGUGAACAGGUGAAACCAUACUUCAUACCCAAACAGCCCACAUCAGCACUUUCUUUCACUCCUGCGCAGACAACUCCACCUAAUGUCUCUCAACUAGCUCAAGCCAUACAGGACAGCAUUAAACUGAACAGACUUCCCACGCCAGAACCAACAGUGUUUAGUGGUGAAUCACUAAGCUUUAUUGAAUGGAAAUCCACGUUCAUAUCACUGAUUGAACAACAGGGCAUCUCAACAGCAGAUAAGUUGUACUAUUUAAAGAGAUAUGUAACGGGCCCAGCUCGAAAAUGCCUUGAAGGGACUUUUUUCAGAAACGAUGAGGAGGCAUACAAAGACGCUUGGGACAAAUUGAAUCAGAGGUACGGCCAGCCAUUCGUGAUACAGAAAGCAUUUAGAGAAAGGCUAGCAAACUGGCCUAAGGUUCAGCCUAGAGAUGCUGAUGGACUGAGAGCAUUUGCAGAUUUCAUAAAUGCAUGCUUACUCGCGAUGCCUCACGUAAAGGGUCUACAAAUACUCAAUGACAGCGAAGAGAACCAAAAACUGUUGCACAAACUACCAGACUGGAUAAACGCAAGAUGGAACAGGCAGGUAACAAAGACUUUAUUGGAGGGCGGAGAGUUUCCAAGUUUUAGCGCUUUUGCCUCUUUCCUCUCGCUAGAAGCCGAAGUCGCCUGCAAUCCCGUCACCUCCAUUCAUGCACUUCGCUACACUGAAACAAACAGCGACAAAAGGUACACAAAGGAAAUCAAAGGAAACAAGGCAAGUGUAUUUAACACAAAUACAUCUGUACAAAAUGACAAAAAGAUGAUAACAAAAAUACCUAACGGCUCACCAUGCACAAUGUGCCAAGGCACCCAUCAACUUCACCUGUGCCCGGACCUCUUGAAAAUGUCCCUAGAAAACAUAAGGAAAUAUGUGAAAGAAUAUAGACUUUGUUAUGGUUGUCUAAAACAAGGACACAGCGCUAAGGACUGCAAACGCCGCCUCACCUGUGAAACUUGCACAAAGCGACACCCAACGUGUCUUCAUGAUGAAAAUUACAGGAACAGUCUGCAAAGAGAAACGCGUGUAAACACAAUCAAUGCAACUCAAGGUAACUUACCUGAAACAGCAACAGCCAUGUCACUUAACGUUGCCAGAUCUGAACAGUCAGUCAGCACUUCAAUGAUUGUUCCAGUGUGGCUCUCGACGACCACCAACCCACUCAAAGAAAAACUGGUCUAUGCGUUACUGGACACACAGAGUGACACUGUUUUCAUCAAUCAGGAUGUCACGCAUGAGCUGCAGGCAGAUGUUUGUCCAGUGAAGCUGAAACUUACUACGAUGAUGGGUAAAAAUGCAGUUGUAAGCAGUGGAAAGGUGUCUGAUCUUUUAGUGAGAGGUUAUAACUCAGCCACAGUCAUAAAGCUCCCUACUGCAUACACAAAGGAUUACAUACCUGCUAACAGAGAACACAUACCUACCUGUGAAACAGCCAAACAGUGGAGUCACUUGCUACCGAUAGUAGAUGAGAUCCCUCCACUUCUCAGUUGUGAAGUAAGUCUCCUCAUAGGUUAUAGUUGUCCUAGAGCUCUUGCACCAAAACAAGUAAUCUUAGGCAAAGAAAACGAGCCCUUUGCCAUUCACACUGAUUUGGGAUGGAGCAUAAUUGGCAACUCGACACCAGACGGCGAAACAGACAUGGCGAGCAGCCUCUGUCACCGAGUCACUGUUAAAGAAAUCCCUCCCUCCACUCCAGCAGAUGCAAUACGUGCGCUGGAAAGAGAUCGCAAGGAGAUCAACGGAAAUGAAAGGACUGUGUCACAAGAUGACUUAAUAUUCCUUCAGAAUCUCGAGCAUGGCAUAACACGGACUGAAAAUGGACAUUUUGAAAUGCCAUUAACAUUUAAAGAAAAAACACAAAUGCCAGAUCACAGACAACUCGCUGAAACCAGACUAAACCGGCUCAAAGACAAAUCAAAUACUCUCACAACUGUGACUGAAAGACAAAACGCAGAGACUGUGAUUAUCAAAGACCUGCAAAGACACGCAUACCAAAAUGAAAUAGAGACAUUAAGCAAAGGCAAACAGCUUUCAAAAAACAAGAAGAUGUACAACUUGGAUGUCUUUUUGGACAAGGACAAUGUGCUCAAGGUGGGAGGAAGGCUCCAUCACUCAUCGCUGCCCAACUCAUUUAAACAUCCAACAAUCAUACCGAGAGAACAUCACAUCACAAAACUGAUAAUUGCUCACUGUCACGAAAGGGUCAAUCAUCAAGGAAAGGGCUUCACAAUGAACGAGAUACGAUCCAAUGGCUAUUGGAUUCCAAAGUUGAGUCAAACGGUUGCAUCCUACAUACGUCAGUGUGUGUUUUGUCGGAAACAAAGGAGACCUGUGGAAGGACAAAAAAUGAGAGACUUACCCACAGAAAGAAUUGAACAAUCUCCGCCUUUCACAUAUUGUGGAAUGGACGUUUCUGGACCGUUCCUGACCAAACAAGCAAGGAAAGAAUAUAAAAGAGCUUCUGCUCAUCUACGCGAGAUGAGGUUCGUCUUGCAAAAGAGGCCAGCAAGAAAAAUGAAAACCUCAACCCCUCUGCCUCCCCCAGGACAGUUCGUUAAGGAGGACUUGUAUGCACAAAAACGAUGGCGUCAAGUACAGUACUUGCUCGAACAGUUUUGGAGCAGGUGGAAAAAAGAGUACCUGCAAAACAUGAUGGUCAGACAAAAAUGGCACAAGCCUAAAAGAAACAUGCAAAUAGGAGACAUAGUAAUGGACAAAGAUGAAAUGCAACCACGAUCCCAGUGGAAACUUGGAAGGAUAUUGGACACUGUAAAAGAUACAGAUGGACUUGUCAGAAAGGUCAAAGUAGGCUUUGCAGACAGGAAUCUUACCAAAAAGGGUCAACGUGUGAACAAAAUGUCUGUAGUAGAACGCCCAGUUCAUAAGUUAGUUCCACUGUUAGAAGAUUGUGAAAAGUAAAUUUACAAUGCUUAAGUGUAUUGAAAGUUAAAGUUGUAAUAUGCUUACCAGGUUAUUUCUAUAUUUUGGUUAAGUAACUUGAAGAAAUUAUUUGUGUUUUAGUUGUAUAACAGCAAAUAAUUUGAUGGGAGUGUAAAAGCCAACAGAGUAAUUAUGCACUUUAAAUAUUACUUUUAUGCACUUUAAUUAUAGUUAUGCUAUAAUGUUUUAUGUUUACAAUAUUGAGCUUUUAUUUUGGCAACCUCAGAAACCGGAUAUGUAGUGACGUAAUUCAGUUUGGAAGAACGGCGGAAAAGAGACGAAAGAAAGUCUAAAAGGUUCACGGUUAAAACGUAAAAAGCACGGAUAAACUACAAGGUUUUAGCUUCGGUCAAUUGGGGAACAAGGUUUGUAAAGUUUAUAAAACAUAUAUUUGAACUACUUAAUGAAUGUUAUUGUGAAAUGUGAAACUUAAAGUUCACGGAUUAAAACUAAUGUAAAGAGCUGUGUUACGGUUGAAAUGUAAUGCAUGGUUUAUUUGUUUACUUAGCUCUUACGUUGGUUGAUGACACGGAGAGCAAUAAAAAUCAUUUAACCAUCAGUUCUGGCCUUCUCAAUAUUGACCCGAU